AUGGAAGAACCAGGCGCUGCAGUCUUAAUCGAAACGAGCCUUGGAGAUAUCGUUAUUGAUCUCUACACUAAUGAAUGUCCAAUUACUACGCGCAACUUUCUUAAACUAUGUAAAGUGUAUUUUUACAAUCUAAACGCUUUCUUCAAUGUCUCCCACAACUUCUUAGCUCAAGUUGGUGAUCCACUAGCUACUGGAAAAGGCGGUAAUUCCAUUCAUGGCUUUAUAAACAACCGUCUCGAGCUCUUUAAACCGGAGUUUAAACCUUCUUUGAAGCACAACGCUAGAGGUACUGUUUCAAUGGCUGUUACUAAAGACUCUAAUGGCCUUACUGGCUGUGCAAGUCAAUUCUUUAUCACACUCGCUGAUAACAUCGACUACCUAGACAACCGUCAUACCCCUUUUGGUCGCGUCGUUGAAGGUUUUGAUACCUUAGAUAAGCUGAAUCAGGUUUACGUUGAUGGUUCUGGCAGACCUUAUCAGGAUGUACGUAUACGUCAUGUUGUCAUCCUUGAAGACCCCUUCGAUGAUCCAAAAGGUCUGAUCAUCCCUGAAAACCCUCCCACAACUCCACCAGAUGUCUCAAAUGGUUUGGUUAGAAUUGGAUCUGAAGAAAACAUUGAAGAAGAAGAUGAAGAUACAAAGGAAACCCGGCGACGUGAUCACGCUGCUUCAGCUUCAGCACUUACUUUGGAAAUGGUCGGUGAUCUCCCUUUCGCUGAGAUAAGACCACCUGAGAAUAUCCUUUUCGUUUGCAAACUCAACCCUGUUACUAGAGACGAAGAUUUGGAAUUAAUCUUUAGUAGAUUCGGUACUAUCCUCAGUUGCGAAGUUAUUAGAGAUAAGAAUGACGGUAGCAGUCUCUGUUACGCUUUCAUAGAAUUUGAUAAAAGGGAAGCUGCUGAAAUGGCUUAUUUCAAAAUGCAAAAUGUCUUGGUAGAUGAUAGGCGUAUCUUUGUCGAUUUCAGUCAGAGUGUGAGUAAGUUACAUGGUGCGUGGGUUGGUGGUCAAGGAAAAAAAGGACGAAGUGAGAAAGUUGGCGUAGAUGUAAGCUCAAGUGGACAUGGAAGAAGAAACAGAAACACUGAUAUGGUAUUUGAUUUGCAAGAUGUGGAUAGAAGGAGAAAAGGUAAUACAAGGAGAAGUCUUAGUCCGGAGAGUAGCAGAGGUGAUUAUAGAGGUAGUUAUCGAGAUAGACACAGAGAUAGUCAUAGAGAGGGCUAUAGAGAUAGCUACAGAGAUAGUAGAGACAACUACAAACACAGCUUUAGCCAGAGACGCACCCCCGACCACAGAAAUAGAUAG